GCUCGGAGGCCGGGCAGCGCCAGGAGCCGGGCGGGGAGGCGGCGCGAGGGGCCCGGGCGGUUGGGUUGAGCGGCGGUCGCAGCUGCAGCAGGACGGCCCGUCGGCGGCUCGGGGCCGCGCGCCGAGAACCUCGCGGGGCGGGCGGGCGCGGCACCCCCGGCCUGGCCGCCUGCGCCCCGGGGAGGCGGCCGGCGCGCGCCUGGACCAGCAGCAUGAGCAGCGGCUACAGCAGCCUGGAGGAGGACGCCGAGGACUUCUUCUUCACCGCCAGGACCUCCUUCUUCAAGAGAGCGCCCCAGGGCAAGCCCCGCGCCGGCCAGCAAGAUGUGGAGAAAGAGAAGGAAACCCACAAUUACCUCAGCAAAGAGGAAAUCCAAGAGAAAAUUCAUAAAUACAAUUUAGCAGUCACAGACAAGUUGAAGAUGACCUUGAAUCCGAACGGGACUUACACUGGCUUCAUCAAGGUGCAGAUGGAACUCUGCAAGCCCCCGCAGGCGUCUCCGAGCGCCGGAAGGCCCGCUCCCAGCAGCAGCGGCUGCAUGAACACGCUUCACAUCAGCAGCACCAACACCGUGGGGGAAGUGAUAGAGGCCCUGCUCAAAAAGUUCCUCGUGACCGAGAGCCCCGCCAAGUUUGCACUUUAUAAGCGUUGUUACCGGGAAGAUCAAGUCUACGCCUGCAAGCUCUCAGACCGGGAGCAUCCACUCCACCUGCGUCUGGCAGCGGGGCCCAGAACAGACACACUUAGCUUUGUUCUCCGUGAACAUGAGAUUGGAGAGUGGGAAGCCUUCAGCCUUCCAGAACUGCAGAAUUUCUUGCGUAUCUUGGACAAGGAAGAGGAUGAGCAGCUGUAUAACCUGAAGAGGCGCUACACGGCCUACAGACAGAAGCUGGAGGCGGCCCUCAGCGAGGUGUGGAAACCCGGUUAGAGGCCGGCGCCCCGUGCUCAGGGCGCGCAGGGACGGCGGACACACCGGCAGCGAGUCUCGAGUCUCGUCUCGGAGGGCUGUUUCCUGGCCCCGUGAUGCGAGGGUCUCCCCCUUCUAUCUCUAGAGUUAGUCCUCCAGACCCGGCCGCAGCCCCUGCCUGGCGUCCUCUGUCCGGGAUCCUGCGAGCUUGUCUGUUACAGCUGCGCGUCCCGCCCCGCGAGCCGUGGAGCUGGGCCACGCGAGUGCUUGGAAGCAUGGACUCUGGGUUUUGUUUUCUCAUUUUCUUUGUUAUUUUAAUUAUUUGAUGAUGAUGUUAAGCUUAAGGAUGUGCAAAUGAUUUUUUAAAAGCUUAACAAGGAAUCUAUCUGAAUACUUGUCCUCUGUUGAAACUACCUGUCUUUUUUUUUUUUUUUUUCCCAAUAUCAGAGGGAACAUCCACGUGAAUGAAAGGCACAGGAAGCUGGGAACUCGGAGGAAUUUGGGAAGGAUUUUGGAGGAGCUUGACAUUUCAAGAAAGUAAAGAGCAAGUUUGGAAGAAGGCGUGAGUGGAGUUGGAGGAGCUCUGAGUGGGGGUGGUUUGGGUGAUGCGUUGAUGGAGGAGAGAGAAAGGUGUAUUUGUUUGUAAAGGAGUUAAAAACAUUCAGUUUUGAGGUGUUAGGGCCACUGUAGUACUGCUUGGUUUCCUAGUGAAUAACAUAUGGAAACAGCACCAAAGAAAGUAGGAGCUAGACCAAAGAGAGGGAUGGUGCCUGAGGCCGACUGAAGGGAGCCUGCCUUCCCACAUCCUGCCUUUUCAAGUGGAAGGUGCAGCUUCUCUGGGCCGGGGGAGCAGGGACUGUUUGCUAACGCCUGCUAAGUGAUUGCUUUUCCCUGAGGUUGUUUUCAGAGCCGAAAAGGAGUCUGGGUAGGGCCCGUUUCUCCAGAUUGUUGGCUGGGAGAUUUGUCCAGGAAAGAGCUCCCUGCACACUUGGUGACAAUCACGCUUCCGUUUCCCUUUUCCUUCCCCUUCCCUUCUUCUCCCUCCUUCCCUUUCCCUUCUCCCUUUCUCUUAUGAAUGGAAGUCCGUUCCAUGUGCUGGGGAUCAGGGCUAUGGAUGAAAAACCCAGUACUACCAGAGCCUCUGUUCGGAGGAGGAACUCACUGAGGAGGACAGCAGGAAGGGGGAGGGCCCACCCUGGCGACCACAGAGGGACAGUUUAUGGAAACUUUAACAAAAGUGCAUGUUCCUUCCGACCAAAGAAAUGCAUGUGCAAUGGAAGCCUUCCUUAAAGCAAGCUAAAUAACCUCAUUUUAUGCAGCAAUUAAUCUGAAAACGAUGGGAAAGGUGUACUGUGGUUCUAGAGAGGGAUUUACAGUCUAUUUGUCUAGAUACUUUUUGUUUUUAUAAAUUCCCAAGGAAUUGUUAACGCUUUGGUGACACCUACUGGAUUCUUUGUGAAAUUCCAAGGUGCUUCAGCUCUUUGCCUUUGACGCGAACUGUGCCUUCUAUUGCAUUUGUUUCCCUCCUGGGGGCUCUUCUGACGUCAGAGAGCUCCCUCCCGGAGGCAGGUGAAGUGUUGGCGAGGCUGUGCCACACGUUACUGAGACAAUCGUAUCUUCCUAAGCUUUUCAAGGAAAGAUGGAAAAAAAAGUAGAGCUAGCUAUAAAAUAUGUAUGGCACGUCUUGUUUAAUUUUGCAUGUGACUUCUUUUUAGUGCAUUGAUGAGGUUUUAGUGUCAUUGUCAUCCAACACUUUAUUGUUCAGGGAAUGCCUUCACGGUUUUUAUACUGGUUUUACUGUUCAGGCUGUGGCUUGGGUUUGAGUAUAGUGUUAUCAACCACCUGCUCUUUUCUUUACCCAUCCCAGUAAGCUUAUAUUUUGUGAAGCAUUUGUUUCUCAGAUUAAGACACUGUUAGAACCUAAUGUAGUAGCUGAUGGGUAUCUGUGAAUUUUUUUUUUUUUUACUUGAAGUAGAUUGUCUAAAAUAGGCACCCUCACCUGUAUCAUCCAGACCCUGUUCAUCGUCGUGUGCACUACAAGUUGCAAUUCGAAAAAUUCUUGCUGUUCUUGAAGAUCGAUGCUCUCUCCAAGACACUGGUUACUGCAGCGAGGUUAAUGUAUAAAAAAGAAGGGCCAGUGAGGCCACCGAUUUUUUAAAAUCAUUGUGCAAAUUCUUACGUUAAAUUAAACUAAGCUUUGCUGUAAUACUGUUUUCUCUUCACUAUGUGAUGGUACAGGAAUGAUGUCAAAUGAAGGGGGGAAAUAUUGCAGGGGAGCAUUUUAAAUCGCAGACGUAAAAAGUUAUAAUAUUUAUAAUUUUGAGGAGUGUUUAAGUUUAUUUUUAUAGGGAACAUUUUUCUUCCCUGAAAUUGUUUUGGAAUGGCAAUUUGUUUCCAUUAUUAAAAGCUGAUGUUGUCAGUUGA